AUGAAUUGUUCUCUUGCAGAACUUAAACGAUUGAUUGUCGAAAAAUCUUCACGAUCAGGAACACAUACACAUCAUCCAAAAGACGAUUAUGAUUUAAUUAUUAGUAAUUCUACGACACAUGAAGAAUAUAAAGAUCAUUCUGAUAUGAUUCCACGAAAUACAAGUGUUGUUGUAGCUCGACGUAUCCGUGGUGCAUUUGAAUCAUUAACACCUUUAACAAAUCAAAGACUAGUCGUAUCAUCCGAUGAUAUUAUUAAUGAAUAUCUUCGACCUGCUAUAUUCCAACCAACACAAGUCACAACAUCUGCGACAACAAAUGCAUCUCAAUCAUCUGUUGUUGAUAGUCAAGGUAUUCCAUUGGAAAUGCUUACUCAAAUCUCAAAUAAUACUACAACGUCUGAAAUGAGUGAAGAUGAAAAAAUUAGAGAAGUUGUUAAAACUUCUCAAUCUCGAUAUUUACCAUCACAUCGAACGAAUAAUUCAUAUACGUGUUAUAAUUGUAAACAACCGGGUCAUAUAAAAAGUCAUUGUCCUCUUCUUCUGCAGUCUUCAUCUACAAAUUCCAAUGGUAAUACAAUUGGUUCAUUAUUUUCCAGUGGUGAUCAUUCAUCAACGACUGACAAUAUACAAGCGACAGGUUCAGGUUCAACGACACAAACAAAUUCUCAUUUUGGUAAACAUCAAUCAUAUCAUCGUAACAAUCAUCAUCAUCAUCAACAACAACAUGGAAAUCGUUCUCAUCAUCGUGGAUCAGGACAUUCACAAUCAAUGGCUAAAAAUACAACAGGUAUACCACGUGAUGGUCUUAUUCAAAUUCCAAGACAUAUACCGGGUGCAUACAGAGAUCCACAUGGUGCAUCUGUUGUACCACGACCAAUGGCUCAAUUAUUUAUUGAAAAAACAGAAAAGAAAGCUGAUGCAUUAGCUCUUCGAGCUCGUCAAUUUCAAGAGAAAGGUGUUCUACCACCAGCUCCACCUCCGUCCAUGUUACCAAUAAGAUCUACUGAUGAAGAAACACCUCCUGAUGAUCUUCUAUGUCUUCUAUGUAAACAAAUUUAUAAUGAUGCUGUUAUAACACCAUGCUGUCAUAAUAGUUUUUGUGAUGAAUGUAUUCGUACUGCUUUAGUUGAAAGUGAAGAUCAUGAAUGUCCUCAAUGUCAUCGUCAACAUGUAGCUAUUGAUCAAAUAAAUCCAAAUUUAUUUUUACGAAAACAUGUUGAUCGUUGGCGAGAAGAACGACAACAGAAAUCAUCUUAUUCAUAUAUGUCACCAUCAUUACGAACACCUGGAUCAAUAAAUAUUCUAAAUUCAAAUGAUAUUGAUGAAUAUGAUGCAGCUCUUCUUUCUACAGUUACACAACAAUCGACUUCAUCAGUUAAAACCGCACCAAUUGUUAUUAAAAUGCAACCAUUAGGACGAAGUCAAUCACCACAAUUAAUUGUUUCAACAAAACCAGCUGAUAUGACAUUUGAAGAUGGAAAAGUAUCGGAUUCAGAUCAUAUAACAUCAAGUGAAAAAGAUGUUAAUUCUCGAUUUUUACUAACUAAUGAUAAUAUAAAUGAAGAAAUAUCAAAUAUAACAACUGAUAUAAAUACUCCAGAAUAUGAAAAAUCUAAUUGUCGAACUCCUCCAUCACAAGUCAUACCAGUAAAUACAAUAGUUUCAUCACCAUCAACAACAACAACAGCAAUAGCAGCUACACCAUCAGUUAUACCACAUUAUUAUCCAAGUCCAUCACAUAUUCCACCUCAUCAACAACAUAUUCAUCAUGGCCUUAUGUAUCCUCAACAGAUUCCACCAACAUCAUCAACAAGUUAUUAUCCCAUGCAACCUAACUAUUAUCCUCCACCAAUGCAUCUUCCAUAUCCUCACGGUGUUCAUCAUCCAAUGGGUGCUCCUUCAAUGUUACCAGGCAGAGGUUUGCAUCAUUAUUCUGCUCAUCCAUCAUAUCCAUUACCUCAUCAUCAUUCAAUUGGUCCACCACAUAUGCAACCAAAUUCAUUAAAUGGUUAUCAUGUUACACAUUAUGAAACAGCAAAUGUAUCUUCUCUUCAUCAUCCAGGUCCAGGAUAUGCAGCAACAUCAACAUCAACAGUUAUUGCUCAUCAUCAUCAAACAGGCUCUCAAUCAGUACCAACAUCAAUAGAAACAGGUCUUUCUAAAAAUGAAUAUUAUAUGAGACAGCGUCAUCUUCAACAAACUAAACGAUCGACUAGUCGUCAUCGUUCACGUUCUUUAUCUUAUUCAUCUUAUACAAGCAGUGAUUCUCGUAAUUCAUCAUUUUCACGACGUGAUGAUCAACAUCGUCGACGUCGUCCUCAUUCAUCACGCAGUCAAAAUCCUCAACAAACAAGCAAUCGUCGUCAAGGUGAUGGUCGUAUAAAAUCACCAAAUCGUGAUAAUUAUCGACAAAAACAACGAUCACCAGUUAGACAUCGAUCACCAUUACAUCGAAAUCGUCCACGAGCUUCUCCUAUUAAGGAUAAUCAAUCAUCAAAACAUGGAAGAUCACCUCCUCAAUCAUCUAGAUCAACUCGUGAUCGAGAAAAACGUCGUACACCUCGUCCACCACCAACAAUUCAACAAACAACUCAACGUACUAUUGUUUAUAUGCAUGAAUCAUCAUCUUCAAAACAACAUUCCGAUCGUAAUCGUGAUCACCGUCGAACACGAACUCCUUCAAAACAUCGUUCAGAUGUAAAUGAUAGUCGAAUUGUUUUAUCAUCUAAAACAGAACAGAAAAUACAAUCUGAAUCAGUACGUUCUUCAUCACCCGUAACAGUAUCAUCAGAUCAACGACCUCGAUCACUUGCAUCUAAAAUUGAACCAGUUAUUGAUGAAAAACCUUCGACUUCAGUCCUAUCAAAUUCUUCGAAUAAUAGAACAGUUAUUGAUUCAAAUAGUAAAACAAUUAUUGAUGAAAAACCUUCUUCUUCAACCCUAUCAAUUUCUUCGGAUACUCGAACAGUUAUUGAUUCAAAUAGUAAAAUAGAAGAAAAAGAUUCUAAUAAUGAAAAAAAACGUAAAAAACAUCAUCAUCAUCAUCAUCAUCAUAAAAAGCAUCGUCGUCAUAGUUCAAAAAGUAAAAAGAAUAAUCCCAGUGAAGACAAUGAUAUAAAAACAUUUGUCGAUGAUAGAACAUCUAUUAUUCAAGCCCAGUAA